AUGAAAUCAAAUAGCAACUCUGUGGCAGCAACGACUGUACAAACAACCACUGGUAUUACAACGACGACGACAUCGACAGUGGUUAAUAACACAAAAGUAGAAGAAAUGAUAGACGACGAUCAACCAGUGAUCAUCAAAAAGUUGGACAGCAACAACAGCAACAACUCUUCUGACAGAAAACUUCGAUUGAGAAGAACCGACUCGAUUGCAAAAUACAAAGCCAAACAAUUACAACAACAACUCCAAAAGAAAUUGGAAAAGAAUGAUCGUGGUGAAGAAUACUCUUCAGAUGAAGAUGACGAUGAUGAUAAUGACAAAGACGACGAUUCAGCAACUUCAUCAUCAUCAGAGGAACAAGAAGUUCCAGAUCAUACAACAGUGACAACACCACCAACUGACGAUGACGAUAAUAAUAAUAAUAAUGAAGAAGAGUUGGAUAAUAUGGUAGAUGAAGCACGUACAAUGAAAAAGGGUGGUGGUGGUCCACCUAACGCAAAUGAAACACCAUUUGAUGCAACGAUGGUGGUUCGAAGAAGACGAGAUUCAUUGGAUUCUGAUGACCCCGAAUUUGGGUAUGAAGAUGAACCUGUCUUUACCACCAUUUCUCGUCGUAAUCCAGGAGAUGAGUCGAUUCGACCAAUCAACAAUCCCAUCCCAAAUCGACCUGUUUUCCAAGUCGAGCAAAUCAACGAUAUUGUCAACCUUUCAUUCAUUGCACUUCGUACCUCUAUUCGUGUUGGUGCCGAUGAAGUAGAUUCAAUCACUCAAGAUCAAUUUGAAUUAAUUAAAAAAUAUAGAGUUUCAAUUUCUGAAAAGAGAACAGCCAUUAAAGAUUUUUCACCAAAUGUAUUCCAUAAUCUUCGAAAUAGAUUAAAUAUAUGUCCAACGGAUUUCCUAAAAUCAUGGUCAUCAUUCAUCUCGAUCGAUGCACAUCGAUCCAAUUCAUCAUUCUUUUUAUACUCUUCCGACAAGAAAUAUAUUCUAAAGACAUUGUCAAAAUCAGACUCUAUCAAAUUAAGAAAAGUUUUACCUCAUUAUUAUAAUAACGAAUCAGAUAAAAAAUCUCAUAAAAGAAAGAUACUUUUGGAUAAUACCAUUAAACAAACAUUAUAUAAACAAAUUGAAAAGGAUACAACAUUUUUAUCGUCACAUGAUUUAUUGGAUUACAGUUUAUUGGUUGGAAUCAAUCGAGUCAACAGUAAAAAUGAAGAGGACAAGGAACAACAACAAAAGGAACAAAAGGAACAACAACAACACCUUCAAUUACAACAUCGAUCAUCUGCACUUAACCUUAUCCAACAAUUAUCUCCAAAGUUGGUUUCAUCGACAUCGUCGGCACCUACAACCCCACAAUUAAAUACUCCACUAACCAACAGCACCAACAGCAAUAAUAAUAAUAAUAAUAAUAAUAACCUUCCAUCGACAGCAUCGACACCUGUAUCGACAGGCACUUCUUUACUACUUUCUCCUUCACCGAUCAACAUUGAGGCUGUUGCUGCAUCAGCCUCGACACCCUCUUCACUGCACUCUUCAUCAUCUAACCUGACACCACCUGCCACUCCGACCAUCGAGCUUUUGGACUUGGUCACAGCCACCUCGGCAACACCUAUCAACAAUGUAGUGAUUGACCCAAUCAAGUCUGUUCCAAGACUAUUAUUCUUUAUCGAGGAAAUCGAAACAGUACGCAAAUCAAAGAAUCUAAAAAUUGGCAAAUCUCUCAAACGUUCAUUUGCCGUACUUCCUCGAUCAUGGUCACUUCAAGAUGUUGUUUUAUUAGACAAUGGUAAUAGUAAUGGUAAUAGUAAUAGUAAUAGUGCAACAACACCAGACAGUAUUACAUCACCAGUAUUAUCAUCAUCAACUCCAUCCUCUCCACUUGUAUUAUCAUCUAGCACACCUACCUCUACCACCACUCCAACCAUUGUCCUUUCCAACUCACUUCCUAAUGUACCCAAUGUUAUUCAUCGACCUACUGCUCCACUCUCUUCAUCUCCACUUAAUCCAAAUAGUCAUAGCAACAACAACAACAAUCAUAACCAAAACAGAAACAGUAGUGAUAACAAUCAAAUGAGUAGUCAUGGUAGUUCAACCAAUCUAAAUGGAAUGUCCAAUGGCAAUAAUAAUAACAAUAACUCAUCAACAGCAUGUUCAAGUCUCAAUUCAUCAAGUAGCUCAAUUACGACGCCAACCACACCACCAACACUUCACAGCAGCUUGAAUGGUAUUGCCAACUUUGGAAAGAAAAAGGGAAAGAAUGGGUUCUACUCUGAGAGCAAGGCCAAUGAAAUCUAUUACUUUGGUGUAGUCGAUUUCCUCACCAAAUACGAUGGAAAAAAGAAAAUAUCUGUAAAGUCUGCUUUAAAACCAUCCAUCUCUAACAACAAUCCAAGUAAUUACCUUAAAAAGUUUUUAAAUCAUAUUAAAGAUUUAUUACAAUUACAACAACAACCAACUGAUAAAUAA